UUGUUGCCUUGCUCUCCCCAACAUUAUCUAUUUUUUUCAUCUUUCUUCAUUGAUUUUAUUUCUCAUUCUUAUAAUAUUUCAUGUCAAAUGGCGAAUCAUGCUUCGUCCUCUUCUCAUUCUCAAUUCAUUUAUUGUAAUGAUUUUGAUGAUGCGUCAUUAUUAGGCGAGCUAAAUCUAGCUCCCCUUUAUGAUUUCGAGAAUGAUCUGUUAGGACCGAUUGAACCACCAAUUGGAAAUAAACCACUUUAUGAAGUAGGAAUUGCAAAUGAAAUUGAUACGUUUGUUGACGUUGAACCCACCACUACACAUGAGCGUGUUGAUGAUGGUGAAUCUGCAGAUGUGAUGCCUGAAAAGAAUGAUAAGAAAAGAUGGGUCAAGAGGACGUUUUGUGAUUCAAGUACGGUAACUAAGGAAAUGAUUUCAAGCUUUUUCCAUUUACCGAUAAAUGAAGCAGCCGUUCAAUUGAAGAUGGGACUUACAGUUUUAAAGGUUCGUUGCAGGGAAUUAGGAAUCUCCAAAUGGCCUCAAAAGAAACUCUUGAGGCUGGAUGAUGACGAGAUGAAAAGCCUACCCCCAAAGAUCCAUGGAGUUUUGAAAUGCUUUCUAAGUUAUUUCAUUUACCCGUUUCUCAGGCGGCAAGAAAAAUGAAAGUUGGGGAUGUAAAGUUUAAACAAAUCUGCAGGAAAUGUGGUGUCAAUCGAUGGCCGUAUAUGAAGUUGAAAAGUAUGGAUCGACUAAUUCAAAGCGUUCAAACCAUGAG